CCGCCCGGCGAGAUGCAAUUUUUUAAUGUUUACGAAUGCUGUGAGUUUUAUUAUUUGAAAAAAAAUCUGCAAAUAAAAACAACAUAUAGCAAACAUCGAAAUUCUAAACAACUCAUUGAAAACAUGCAAUUGAAUGAAACGAGGACAUGAUUGCACAGUUGAGGAGAAGGUUUUUAUUGUAGGUAUGAGAGAGAGUACAGCCAGAGUGUCUGGAAGAGUCUACAGCAGGGAGAGAAAGUAGACUGAACAUGGCCAGCAGAAUAGAGUGGGCCAUGGGGCUGAAAGGAGGGUGCAGAAGAGACGGGACCAAGAGAGCACAUGGCCAACAUGGCAGGCCUAUCUAGGAAUGAGAAGCUGGGAGAAUGGAGAAGUUUGGGGUAAGGAGCAGAGUGAGAGGAGCUACAGGUACUGAGCGAACCUGGAGGUCAGCAGACAUUUCUGUAUGCUAAUAGGUACCACAGUGAGCCGUUUGUCCAGAGUUUCAUUUUAUACCUGACAGUAAUUGAGAUGUAAUUUAAAUUUUUUUGUUUUUUGUUUGGUUGGUUUGGUUUUGACUUUUUGAGACAAGGUUUUUCUGUGUAGCCUUGGCUGUGCUGGGAUUUGUUUUAUAGACCAGACUAGUCUUGAACUCAGAGACAUCUGAAUUUAAGCUUCAGUCUCUGGAGGCCUCGGAUUAAAGAUUCUCUGGUGGAGAGACUAGUUGACUGUACAUUGGACUUGGACAUGGAAGCCCAUCCUGCAGAUGUGGAAUCAUCUGGUGGUCCACGUAGUUCUUCAGCCAGUACAUCUGGAUACGCACCUGUGGAAGAUGAUGAUGUUGUGUUUAUUGAAUCAUCACAGCCUUCAGUUUGUGCUCCAGAAAUACCUAAUGAAGGAAACUUUGUAUUUCCAUCCUCAAAACAUGAAGAUCCACGAGGAAAUUAUUCCACAGUUACCCCUUCCUCGAGAGAUUUGACUUCUCAGAAGGGAAAUAUAUGUGAAACAAUUGUAAUUGAUGAUGAAGGGGACACAGACACAAAUGGAGGGGAGGAGAAAAAUCCUACCAAUUUAAUUGAAUGGGGACCUCAUGGAAAUAAAAAUAGUACCAUUGCCAGUCUAUCAAGAAGCAAGAUGAAGACUGUACUAGGACCGUUUAAUCCGGGUAGGAUUGAUGUCACAGAUGCAGUUCAGAAUGGAAAAUUAGCGGUUCAUCACAAUCCUGAUUCUUGUAUCUCCCAGUCAGCAUCAUUUCCUCGUAACCAGAAACAACAAGGGGUGGAUUCUUUAUCGCCAGUGGCCUCACUUCCUAAACAGAAUUUCCAGCCCUCAAACCAACAACAUCUUACUAAACCUGCUAAUAAAAUUACUUGUGCAAACUGCAAAAAUCCUUUACAGAAGGGACAGACAGCUUACCAACGAAAAGGAUCAGCUCACCUCUUUUGUUCAACCACCUGCCUUUCUUCUUUCUCUCAUAAGCGCACUCGAAAGACACGGAAUGUAAUGUGUAAAAAAGAUUCUCCUAUGAGAACCGCAACUAUUGUUCCUCCAGUGGAGUCAAGCAAGUCCUUACAAGAAUUUUAUAGUGCAUCUCUGUCUCCCAGUGAAAACUGCCAGAGUCUUAGGAAAGAAGUUUUUACUAAGUCAAGAUGUAUAAUCUGUAAUAAAUUAGGAGAGGUUCGCCAUGAAAUCAGUAUUAACAGUAUAACACAUAAACUGUGCAGUAACAAUUGCUUUAAUGAAUACAGAUUGACCAAUGGUCUAAUAAUGAACUGCUGUGAACAGUGUAGCAAGUAUAUACCCAAGAGUACUGGACACAGCAUUCUGAUUACAGGUCAGCAAAAGAGAUUCUGCUGCCAGAAUUGUGCUGAUGAAUAUAAAGAGAUAAUGGAAGCAAAAUCAAAAAUACUGCUUUUACAAAACAGAAAAAGGAAUGCUAUCAGAGAAGAAAAUGAAAAAAAAUUACAUGAAUUGUCAAGUACACUUUCAGGAAACACAGGAGAAAUUCCAGAAAAAAAGGAAAAGACUUCAGAGAUAGUAAAAGUUGCAGUAGACUGUAGCCUAGAUACAUCAUCAGAGGAACAAAAUGUGAAUUUACCUUUGUCUGUGGCAGCAGUAACUGAUACAAUUCAAGAGCAACUAGGAGACAAACAUUCAGAGGAAUUUGAUAUGUCAGUUGUACUUUCUUUGGAUCCAGGUUCGUGGCCCCGAAUUUUGAAUAUGAAACAACGUGAAUUUCUUGUCAAAAAAGAUCCACCUCAAAUAAGAAAUUUUAAUUUUCCAAAAGACAGUGCAGGCAAGAAGUUUUCAGAAACGUAUUACACACGAAUUCUUCCAAAUGGUGAGAAGAGCACCAGACCUUGGCUGCUCUACUCAGCCUCUAAAGACUCUGUGUUUUGCCUGUAUUGCAGACUCUUUGGGGAAGGGAAGAAUCAACUGAGAAACGAGAAUGGGUGCAGAGAUUGGCAUCAUUUGUCACAUCUUCUUAGUAAACAUGAAGAAAGUGAAAUGCACAUCAACAAUAGUGUUAAGUAUUCAAAAUUAAAAUCUAACUUGAAAAAUAAAACCAGUGAAGCUACCGAAGGUGGGGAAAAUUGUGUGCAACUAUUGUACACAUAAUGUUCUACCUGCUUUACAUAUGACAGUGUCUGCAUUACCCAGACACUACCAUAAAAAGUUUUGUACCUGGAACCAGUACCAUACACUGUGUAAGAGGAACUUACAGGAGUUCAUUAGCAAUAUGUCUAAUAGCAAAUAAAUAGUAAACUAUGUUCCUGUUCUAAAUCUAAAAGCAAUUGGUGAGUAUAGUCAUUAUAGAUUUUAGCAAAGGCAGUUUGAGCUUUGUCACUGUGAGGGUUCUCACCCUGUAAAGUGUUGUUGGAGGACUUCCACUUAAUGGCCUAAGAGCAGGAAAAGGCAAGGUGCAUAUAUAACAAGCUAAAGAAAAUAUAUUCACACCACAAGAUGGUGGUACAUGCCUUUAAUCUCAGCACACAGACACAGAUAAUGUGAUAUCUGUGAGCUCUAGGCCAACGUGGUCCACAGAGCAAAUUCCAAGACAGCCAAGAUACACAAACCCUGUCUUGAAAAACCAAAAAGAAGGAAAAAAAGAAAAUGCAUUCAAACAGCUUAAGAAGCUAUGGCUGUUUGCUAUUAAGCCAAAUUCUUGAGUUUUAUUUCUUUAAAACAUGUUUUUAUUUGAGCAAAACAGUUUAUUUGUUGUGGUAAA